AUGCCCCGCAACCACGGCGGCGGCGAGGAGGGCGGCUCCGCGGCGCUCUGGGUGAAGAGCGGCGCGGCGGGGCGCCCGGCGGCGGGCAUGAAGGAUGUGGAGUCGGGCCGGGGCAGGGCGCUGGUGAACGCGGCGGCCCGAGGGGACGGGCUGCUGCUCCUGGGCACCGGCGGCGCGGCCGCCCCCGCCGGCGGCGGCGGGCUGCGGGAGGGCCGCCGCGGCAAGCACGGAGCCCGCAUGAGCCUGCUGGGGAAGCCGCUGUCGUACAGCAGCGGGCAGAGCUGCCGGAGAAACGCCAAGUACCGCCGGCUGCAGAACUACCUGUACAACGUGCUGGAGCGGCCCCGCGGCUGGGCCUUCAUCUACCACGCCUUCGUUUUUCUGCUUGUGUUUGGUUGCUUGAUUUUGUCCGUGUUUUCUACUAUUCCUGAACACACAAAACUUGCCUCUGGUUGUCUCUUCAUUUUGGAGUUUGUCAUGAUUGUUGUCUUUGGUUUGGAAUUUAUUAUUCGUAUCUGGUCUGCUGGAUGCUGUUGUCGAUACCGAGGAUGGCAAGGAAGACUGCGCUUUGCAAGGAAACCAUUCUGUGUGAUAGACAUCAUUGUUCUCAUCGCUUCAAUAGCAGUUGUUUCUGCAAAAACUCAGGGUAACAUUUUUGCAACAUCAGCACUGAGAAGUCUUCGUUUCCUACAGAUCCUUCGUAUGGUGCGCAUGGACCGAAGAGGAGGCACUUGGAAAUUGUUAGGUUCAGUAGUUUAUGCACAUAGCAAGGAAUUAAUCACAGCCUGGUACAUAGGAUUUUUAGUACUCAUCUUUUCAUCUUUCCUGGUUUAUCUGGUGGAAAAGGAUGCAAACAACCAGUUCUCUACGUAUGCAGAUGCUCUCUGGUGGGGCACAAUCACCUUGACAACCAUUGGCUAUGGAGACAAAACUCCUCUUACUUGGCUUGGAAGGUUGCUCUCUGCAGGAUUUGCUCUCCUUGGCAUUUCUUUCUUUGCACUCCCUGCUGGCAUCCUUGGCUCAGGAUUUGCAUUAAAAGUGCAGGAACAGCAUCGUCAGAAACACUUUGAGAAAAGAAGGAAUCCGGCUGCCAGUUUAAUUCAGUGUGUAUGGCGUAGUUAUGCGGCUGAUGAGAAAUCGGUUUCCAUUGCUACCUGGAAGCCUCAUUUGAAGGCCUUGCAUACCUGCAGCCCUACAAAAAAAGAACAAGGGGAAGCUUCUAGCAGUAAGCUUUGUAGUAAUAAACAGAAGCUCUUCAGGAUGUACACCCCUCGGAAACAUAGUCAAAAGUUAAGUUUCAAAGAGCGGGUUCGGAUGGCCAGCCCACGAGGUCAAAGUAUUAAGAACAGGCAGUCUUCAGUCGGGGAUCGCCGGUCGCCAAGCGCCGACAUUGCUACGGAAGGGAGCCCGACCAAGGUUCAGAAGAGCUGGAGCUUCAAUGACCGGACCCGCUUCAGGCCAUCACUGCGGCUGAAGAGUUCCCAGCCAAAACCAGCGGUUGAUGCUGACACGACUCUGGGAACAGAUGAUGUUUACGAUGAUAAAGGAUGCCAGUGCGAUGUAUCAGUAGAAGAUCUGACCCCUGCUCUUAAAACUGUCAUCCGAGCAAUCAGAAUUAUGAAAUUUCAUGUUGCAAAGAGAAAGUUUAAGGAAACGCUUCGCCCAUAUGAUGUCAAAGAUGUCAUUGAACAGUACUCAGCAGGUCAUCUGGAUAUGUUAUGCAGGAUUAAAAGCCUUCAGUCACGCGUCGACCAAAUUCUUGGAAAAGGACAAAUCACAGCAGAUAAAAGAAGCAGAGAAAAGAAUACUGCAGAGAAUGAGACAACUGAUGACCUUAGCAUGUUAGGGCGUGUAGUCAAGGUGGAGAAGCAGGUUCAAUCCAUUGAGUCAAAACUGGACUGUCUGUUAGAUAUUUAUCAACAAGUUUUACGAAAAGGAUCUGCAUCAGCACUCACUUUGGCUUCCCUUCAAAUGCCAGCUUUUGACUGUGAGCAGACUUCUGAUUAUCAAAGUCCAGCAGACAGCAAAGAUUUGUCUAAUUCUGCACAAAUUAGUGGAUGUGUAUCCAGAUCAGCUAGUGCCAAUCUGCCUCGUGGCCUACAGCUUAUCCUGACACCAAAUGAAUUUAGCACUCAGGCUUACUAUGCUUUUAGUCCAGCUAUGCAUAGUCAAGCGACGCAAGUGCCAAAUGAUGGACCUACAGCAGUUAGUAAUACAUCAAACCAAAUAAACCAGGCAUCUAAGCCAGCAACUCCCACAACAUUACAGAUACCACCUUUCUCAUCAAUGAAGCAUAUCAGUAGGCCUGAGCCCGUGCAUAUAAUUCCUGUAACCACACAGGAAAAUAUUUCCGAUGUCACCGCUUGCCUUGUUGCAUCAAAGGAUAAUGGACAAGUUGCGCAGCCCAGUGCAGCAAAGGAUCUCACAUGGAGAAAAGGUUUUGAUACAGAGGGAGAACCUUUGCUCUCGGUUAAACCUGUGGGGCAAAUGGAUUUAGGAAAAUCUUUAUCUGUACAAAACCUUAUACAGUCCUCAGAAGAACUGAAUGUACAGAUUGCUGGUAGUGACUCCAGCGGUUCAAGAGGUAGCCAAGACAUAUACUCCAAAUGGAGGGAGUCAAAAUUAUUUAUAACUGAUGAAGAGUUGGAAACAGAGGCAGGAACAGAGACUACUGAAGCCAUCUCUCGCCCGUUAGUGGAAACAACUCUCUCUGCUGACUCUCUAAGGACUGGAAUAUCAAGAUCAUCUCAAAGCAUUUGCAAGCCAGGGGACGGUACAGAAGCACUCAGUCUGCUCCAUGUCAAACUCAAAUAACAGCUUGUGGGCUUUCUUCAUUGGCUGGGUAAUUCAUCUAGUCAUACAUAUCAUAGCAUGAACUAUUUUGAAAGCCUUUUUUAAUAAGAUAAAGUCACAAGAAUCAGGAUGAAUCCGAAAGGCAGUUGAAUGAGCCCAUAUCUUCUAGUUGCAUGAAAAUGCAUGUUUAAGCGAUGGCUAAAAUUCAAAUUUAUACCUACAGUACAGCAGCCUUUCAUGUAGUACGGUAGGUUUAAAUAAUGAGUUAUCAGCAAAGCUAAUGCUGCAGGAUGUAUCAAAAAGCAAAAAUUUGAGCAUUUAGACCUAGUGCCGUUUCCACAGGGCAGAAGUAAAAAUCGUAAGUUUUAAAGCACUUUGCUUCUGAACUAAUUAAAAUAUAUAUAUAUAUGUCCUGAUUUAGAUGAUAGUUUAUGUUUACAACAAAAGAAAUUAUCUACAGCUGCUAGCAAGGUACCAAGGAAACCAGUAUUAGAUGGGAUUAGAAAUGGCUGCCAGUUGCAAGAUAUUCACAUUAGCUCAUCAGUAAUCAGUUAUUUUAACUCUGAAAAACAGAAUAUUAAUAUCUGUCUAAUUUUUGGUGAUUUAGUGUUGUGGCAGAAGUACUUGACUCACUACUUUCAGGUUGUUCUUUAAAAGGAGAGCAUUCUUUUGCUGUGAAGAACUCAUAUUCUAAAGAUUGGGGCUGGCCUCAGAAGUGGAUAAUUUGGGCAACUGCACUAGAAAUUCAUGGGUACCUCUCCUUCUUCCAGUCUUAGUGAGGAGCUAUCGUGUGUGUCUGAAAUACUUUGGCAGUAGCAUGUCGAGGCAAGGAGCAGGCAUGCCUUUACUGUAGAAGCAAUAUUUCCUGAUGUGGAAAUUUUGGCAGUUUUCCUGGCUGCUACAACCUGAUACCAUGACAGCACUUCAUAAGUCUGGGAAAGGAAGGAAAAUGAGGAACUGCAAUGCAAUUCCUCUGAAAUGCAGUGGAAAAAAAAGGGUAAGACAGGGAAGAGAGAAAGACAACACAAUCAAUGAAGAAAAAGAAUAUGGAUUUAGAUGGGCAGGAAGGGAAAUGAUCCCAGAAAUAAAAGAAGGGAGGUAAAGACAGGACAAGAUCUUUUAAAUUCCAGCCUGUCAGUCACAGAUACCAAAUGCUAUUUCCAAAAAGGCCAUGUAGGUAUUCAGAAAUGGAAGUCAUUGUAGGGAAAAACAUCUUAAG